AUGAAGGAAUUAAAUACUGUGGAGCAAAACAACAAUGACAUAGAAGUUUAUUCUAACGGAACUACAGAAUCUACUCCUGAUAAAAAAAUUAAAGAAGAAGUCACAAAAAAUUUGAUUGAUGAAAAGAAUGUUGUUUUGAACGAUAAUUACAACUCCAUUAUAAAAGAAGGAAUUUAUUUGAUAAAAGAACAAGUAAAAUUAUAUAAUGCAACAAUGCAGUACUUACUAAAAACAAUUAAUUUAAUUGCUGAUAAGAAAAUUCCGCAAAAAAUCAUCUCUGAUUAUUCUUCGAUUGUUACUAGUCAUAAUUUACUUUUAGAUAAAGAUAAAAUAAAUAGCGAAAUAACUUUAAAAAUAUGGAAUGGUUCAUUUGUUAAAAGUGAAGAAAGUUGUAAUGCAACAAUUGUUGAAAAUAAAAAAGCUGAGGAAAAUGUUGAAGAUUCAACUAAAGAUCAAUCUGAUAAAUCGCCUAAAAUAGAUAAAAAUUCUGCACAAGUGGAUGAUGAUAUUGAAAUAUUGAAUAAAUCUAUUUCUUCAAUGGAUUUGAAUUCAUCCGAUGAACUUAUGAAUGUAAUGGAUGUUGAUCUAGAUCCGAAGCAAGCAGAUUCAACUUUAUAUUCUUCUCUGACCUCUUCAUCUUCACCAUCUACUGUUAUUCUUAAGAAGAAUACCUAUCCUGUAAAUAUUGAUACUUUAUCCAAUCCAGUUGUAUUAGACAACAAAACGUCAAAAGAAAUUCCACUUGAAGUAAGCAAUAAUUCCGAAGAGCCGAAUAAAAAGCUGAGUUUAAUCGAAGUACUAAAAAACGCAAAUAAGUCUUAUUCAAAUAUGAAUCGAGCAUCUCAAAGAUUGAAACGUAAAGCUGUAGAUGAAGAAAUUAGUUUGGAAAAUAAUAAAAAGUGCUUUACAGCUGACGGAAACAAUGAUGAUAAAGAUAAUUCAUCAUCACAACGACGUAUAAUUCACUCUACAAAACGUAAAGUUUUGAACGCGAAAAUUUAUUCGAAGAAACAAGAAUUCAAAGUUCCAGAGAGUUUUUUGCCGGUUGUUCGACUUCAGAGAAUUAAGUUACCUAUUAAUGAAAAAAAUUUGUCAGCUAUGAAGACGAAAGUUAGGAAAUUAGAGACUGAAAAGAAGGAUAAUGUUUAUAAUUUAAGACCAUCAAGUAGAAAAAAUAAUUGUACUGAAAUUAAAAAAAUAAAUAACAUUAAAGUAAACUGCGAACUGUGUGACAAGACAUUUAAAACAAAAGAAUGUCUUAAAGCACAUGCUCAAUCUCAACACGUUAAAAAGAACUUUAAAUGUAAGAAAUGUAACUAUGCGUCUAAUUUUCAAGGAAAUUUACGGCGACACAUCAAGAUUCAUCAGGAUACAGCGGUAGUUUCGCAAUCUAAUCUGAAAACUUGCUUGCGAUCCUAUGCAGCCAAACUUCAUCAGCGCGAUAGCUGCUCUGAGGUCAACAGAUCUAAAAGCAGUUUUAAGUGUAGUAUCUGCUUGUAUACUACAAAAUCUCUAGAAUUGUUGAAUGAACACACAAAAAGUCAUAACAAUAAUAAAUUGUUUAAUUGCAAUGACUGCGACAAGACUUUUGGAAGAAAAAAAUUAUUACAAGAACACCGAGCCACUAGUCAUGCUUCGCAGAGUAGCAGAUACUCGUGUAAUGAAUGUCAACUGACAUUUUCCUACUACGGUCGUCUGUCUCGUCAUCUUAGAACUGUUCAUGGAGUUGUAGCUGGAGCUAUAAACUCCAAAAAUAAUCAUUAA